AUGGGAGACAUCGAAGAUUCCGCUCUCUCGCAAUUGCUGGUUCUGAGUACCACAUUCAGAGAACACCAAGAAGAACUUCCUUUGAAUGCGUUAAUCAAGCAAAAAAACAAAUCCAAAAACGGUACUGCUUCAGGUUCGGAUCAAAAAAAGAAGAAGUCGAAAAAGAAGAGGAGAGCUGAUGCGACCCUGGAGGGUGAACCCAAGAAAAAGCUGAAAAAGAAAGAGCCAAAAAUGGAAGAUUCCACUGUGAAAGAAGAAGAGGAUAUCAAGGUGGAAGAUUCUGUCAAGUCCAGCGAGUCGGCCAAGCGUAAACUGAAGAAGAAACUGAAAAAGGAUACGUCUGAAACCACAAAUGUCUCUUCCACUGAAACAACACCUGAAGUCAAAGAUGAGAAGCCCAUGAUUUCCAAAAGCGAAAGCGAGCAUGGUACUUCCCAAAACGGGGACUCCUCGAGAAUUGAGGAAGAGAGCGACGAUUACAAAUGGUGGGAAGAUGAGAAAUUUGGACAGGGCCCCGAACGUUGGCAGCAACUAGAGCACAACGGUGUUCUAUUCCCACCACCUUACGAGCCUUUACCAUCUUAUGUGAAGAUGUAUUACGAUGGUAAGCCUGUGGAUUUACCUUCAGCUGCGGAGGAAGUAGCUGGGUUUUUUGGGGCCAUGCUAGAGUCAGACCACACCAAAAACCCUGUUUUUCAAAAGAACUUUUUUGAUGAUUUCAUCGAAGUCUUGAAACAGAGCGGUGGCUGUAAUGUUGAAAUCGAAAGUUUUGAAAAAUGUGACUUCUCUAAAAUGUUUGCGUAUUUCGAGAAACAAAAAGAGGAGAAGAAGAAUAUAUCAAAACAAGAGAAACUAAGGAUCAAAGCGGAAAGAGAAGCUCUUGAAGAACCCUACCGCACCUGCUUUUUAAACGGCCGGAAAGAAAAUAUUGGAAAUUUCAGGGUCGAACCACCAGGUCUUUUUAGAGGCCGUGGUGCGCAUCCAAAGACUGGUAAAUUAAAAAAGCGUGUCUACCCUGAAGAUAUCACUCUCAAUUUGGGUGCAGAUGCCCCUGUUCCUGUGCCCCCCGCUGGGCAUAAGUGGGGUGCUGUUAAGCAUGACAAGUCUGUCGUUUGGCUUGCCAUGUGGAGAGAAAACAUUGCAGAUAACUUCAAGUACGUAAAGCUUGCAGCAAACUCCUCGAUCAAGGGUGUCUCAGAUAUGCGAAAAUUUGAAACUGCUCGGGAGUUGAAAAAUCAUAUCGAACGAAUCAGAGCUGACUACAACAUUAUGUUGAAGGAUCAGUACAUGCAGAACAGACAGAUUGCAACGGCAACCUAUCUUAUUGACAUCUUUGCAUUGAGAGCAGGCGGUGAGAAAGGUGAGGACGAGGCUGAUACUGUGGGUUGCUGUUCAUUGAGGUAUGAGCAUGUGACCUUAAAGCCGCCCAACACCGUUAUCUUUGAUUUUUUGGGUAAAGACUCUAUUCGGUUUUACCAAGAAGUGGAGGUGGAUCGCCAAGUCUUCAAAAACUUCCGCAUCUUCAAGAAGGACCCCAAGCAGCCAGGUGAUGAUUUGUUCGACCGCAUAUCCCCAUCCACGUUGAACAGACAUUUGCAGGGGUAUAUGAAAGGGUUGACUGCCAAGGUAUUCCGUACGUACAAUGCGUCGAAGACUAUGCAAGAUCAAAUGGACCUCAUCAAAAACGAGGGUACCGUGGCAGAGAAAAUAUUGAAGUAUAACGCUGCCAACAGAACCGUCGCCAUUUUGUGUAAUCACCAGCGUACGGUCACCAAAGGACACUCGACUACGGUGGAAAAGAUCCAAGACAGAAUAAAGGAAAUGGAGUGGCAAAAACUCCGAUUGAAACGAAUGAUCCUCAAUAUGGACCCUUCAGCGCGUGAGAAGGAACCGAGAUAUUUCGAAGAAUUGGAGGAUGUAAGCAAGGAGGAUCUCCGGUCGAUUGUGCGAUUGCAUGUGGAGAAGCUUAAAGAUCAAGCGAAGAAGAAGUGGACGCGAGAUAACGAGAAGAGGAAGAUGGAAGAACAGGAUCUUCUCACAGAGCAAGACUUGGACACGAAAAUGAAGGGCAUCGAGGAAUUGAGGAAACAAUACGAGGAAGAAGUAGAGAGCGGGGUUGUCGAGCCGAAGUCUGCCAGUGUCGAAAAGCUCAAGUCGCAGAUCGAAACGAUUGAGGGCCGCAUUUCAAAUGUGAGCUUCCAACUCAAAGACAAAGAAGAUAAUUCAGAAGUGUCUUUGGGGACAUCGAAGUUGAAUUAUAUCGAUCCACGCUUGACCGUGAUGUUUUCCAAGAAGUUCAACGUCCCCAUUGAGAAGCUCUUUGCAAAGACUUUGAGGGAUAAAUUUAAUUGGGCCAUUGAGUCUACGGGUGCUGAUUGGAGGUUCUAA